AUGGAGAAGAAGGAUAUUUUUGAAAGUAAGCCAUCUCAUUGAUUUAUAUCCUUUUCAACGAAAAAAGUAUAUCAAACAUAUGUCUCCCGGUAUGAAUGGUUAAGGAAAUGUUGCGCCUCGUCCCAGUGCAUGCCAACGGAGCCUUAAGGUGGGCAUUUCAACCCAGGUUUCACUACGGUCACCCCAUGUUGAGGGCAAUUUAAGAACAACACCUUGUCAAUAACGUUUGUCUGCAACACUUUCCGUUUUCGAUGUGAUUGUUGUAGUCUCAGAUGCCUAUGGGAUAAAGGAGGAAGAGACGGGCCUUUAACAAAUUCAUUUAACAGCUCUAGCUCUCGAAUUGGCAGAGACGUCUGUCGUCAAAGUCGACAUCAGUGAGAGAACACGUGGUGAUUAUAAGACCGAAACAAGUGCCCGGGGCCGAAAUCCGCAAAAGAGUCCGCAGAGCUUCGUACGAGAAGACGAGGACAUGGGGCUGUUGACCGAGCUCUCACCAGUGGUCGAAGCCUCAUUUUUUGCCCGAACAGAUCAAUAGUUUAUAUGGCCACAAAGUCGAGGCAACACACUGUUCCGAAGUUUUUGUCAGUAGCCCGAACUACUAUCCCCCGUACCACAUCUAGUUUGUGUUCGUCUUUGCGUGACCUUCGAUUUUAUUUGUCUUGUUGGCCUACCUACAAGAUUAUUUUAACCACGCUGUAAACCAGGCUCCUCAUCUGGCGCUCGGCCCAUCCUUAACUUCUAUCGUAUUGACGAGAGCGUGCAUGAUUGCUUUAGGGGGCCUUUACUCACUUCACAAUCCAAUGAAACAGCACCGGAAUCAUCCUCACUAUUUUAGGCGACUUUUAUACUCGGCUGCUCCGGAACUAAAGAUUUGGCGAUGAGUUACACAUGCCCCUGAGUGUUAAUUUUGCGAGAUGACCCUCAUUUGCAUUGUCACUCAAAGUGAAUGUCUCGCUCUCGUGUCGCGAAUGGUUACUGUGAGACCAGAUAAGUUGUGUGCUGUGUGCUCUCGCCCUGUAAGCUGUUUUGCCGAAAUCGCCCCGGCGAAUAACGUUUCCUGCUUAUUUUCUUACUCCCUUUCGGGCUCUGGCAGGUUUUAGGAGUUCUACAACAGCAUGCCAUGGCAAGACACAGGUUUGCUGGGUCUGAAGCCCAUUUAUUCUGCAUUAGGUCAGUGCUUGGGUGCUCACGGAGUUUUUGAGACGCAUUGAAGGCUUCAGCCGGCAAGAACAAAAAAAUAUGUGUUUUAUUCUGGUUUGAAUAAUUCCACAGUGUGCUACAUCUUGAAUUGGUUCUGCAUUUCUAGGUUAAUGAGCAGGACUUUAGGUGGCAAAUCACCUGCGGUGGAUGUAAACAACGGCAUCAGGACAAAAGCAACCUGGUCGAAUGAUUAGGCUGCGAGUUCGGAGAAAUCUUAAGGAAGGGUAAAUUUGGAGAUUAUAUUUUGGCUAAAUUGUGGAAUAAUGGACAUUCGCGCACAAGCAUCGAACGUACUGCAACAGGUUAUUGUAGAUAUUUUGUUUGAGUAAGAAUCCAGGAGGAGAGGCAUCUACAAGCAUCGUCGGUGAUUAGACAUUUGUGCCUACUUUCUGGCAUGCAGAAUUGACAUUUUUUUGCAAAAUGACUUCGUUUUUGCGAGGAGGUUCUUAUUUCUCAUCGUAAUUUUUUUCAGAUCGUAUCAAACUUCACCCAGUCCUAACUGAUGGGAAGUUUUGGUUUCCCUCACAAAUUCUCCUACUUAACAUAGUGCACUUUAUCUCGGCAUGCCAACAGUUCCCACCGCCUCAUCGCCGCUUUUCUGAACGGUUUGUACACGCGAGCAGUUCAGGGAGUAGGAAAAGGACGUGUAGGACCGAUUCCGGGAAUCUAUCCUCCUGAUGAAUCGGUGCAUUUCUCAAUAUAAUAAAUCUGACAUUUUGUAAUUUGUUCCCUAGCGGACUCGGAUAAUUUAGUCCACGCUGACAGGGUUCCCUCGCAGAGUGGCCUCUAUGAUAUUCCCACCCAUAUGAGAUCCGAGUCGUCCACAUGAAAACCCAACACGUGUGGACGGGCUGAAUAGCUUUGUCACACGGUGUACUUAAACCGUUCUCAGAUCCCGUUAAAUUUGUCUCGUUUUCCGGAUAGAGUAGACGAGGGCGGCAAAAGGCGGCAGAUGCUGCGCAAGUCACGGGCACUGAGUUCACUUCGUUGUGGGCGCGAUGGAGCUCGUUGGUUUGCGACUGUCUAGGCGUCAUGUGUUAUCAACAGGGAGGCGGGUCUUUAUCAGAUGCCGUGCCUGUUGUUGUACUUUCACUCGACUGCCACUACUGCAAUAAGGGCAACUGUGUUAACUGCUCGGGUAUUGAAAGAACCGAAUCCCGCCCACCCCCCCUUCAUGGCUUGACUACAAAAACUGCUCAUUUGAUACCGCAUUCUCACAGUCUCUUACGAUGACCUCCUGUACAAGACCGAAAGCUCAGACUUAUACACCUACUGUUCCAGAGAUCGUGUGUUAAUCUUCUCUACAUUAAUUGUUCAGUUAAUUCGUUUUGCUAAUAGAAGUAGCCUUACCCAAUUAAAUCAUCCUAAGUGGACAUAAAAAUAGGCGACGUCGAAUCACAAAUGCGACAUCAAAUGAGCAGUUUUUGUAGUCAAGCCAUGAAGGGGGGGAUAUGAGUGCAGAGGGUGGUAUUCGCGAUAAGCUGAGUCGCACGCCGUCUCACGGCGGCCUGACUGCGUGCUGGAAAUUCGGUCUGAGAAACGGAACGCGUGAUAGCAGGCGUAAUACCGCAUUCUCACAGUCUCUGACGAUGACCUCCUGUACGAGACCGAAAGCUCAGACUAAUACACCUACUGUCCCAGAGAUCGUGUGUUCCUCUUCUUUAUAACUGCAUAACUCACUUUACAGCCGCGAAUAUGAUUUGUCCAUCGGGACACAAUUUAAUUCGUGAGUUGUUUUGAUUAUGCUCCCAGUUCUGCACUUGAUCGACAGACGUACUGACCUCGUCUCGUCCUGCAAGGUUCUGCGGGACCACAUAGGACUUUCAAUGCUGGUCGGUUAUUUGGUAGGGCUCCGCCAUCAACAUCUGUUCCAACGACGACCCCACGUGCGACUUAGGACGUUAAAUGGGGUAGCUAAGCUGUUGGGGUGUUCGUUCAGCUUUACUCUUUGUUACUCCUUAUUGUAAUUCUAGUCAUAAAACAUGCGGAUUUCGCGAAGUGUUAAUCUCCAGUAAAGCUUAAAGAAGUGGCAUAAUACUAUAUACGUAUGCCACUUAAUUACACGUUUUAUUCCGGUGGUGUAUGGGCGGGUAGCCAAAAACGCCGUCGAUAAUUUCGUUUGGUCUAUAGUACCAGUCGCUCGGCGACAACCUGAGGAGCUCUAGAUUGAGGCCCAAGACACAACCGGAGGAGAGAAUUCCGCCACUAAGUCGGCGAACUCACCUCCAACGACCCUCUUUUAGUUUACUUAAAACCCAUAUCUUUCCGUAGUAGAGCCGGAUUUCACUGCCGGCUUUAUAGUUUGUGGUUUUCCUGACAGAUAUUGCUAGGAAGGUAAUGUUUCACUUUACCUAAACGAUUGUAAUUGUCAUCCUAUUUUUCUUUCACUUUUGUUUUUUCUUCAUUAGUCGAGAAGCGACCCAUUGAGAAGCAGCCAGUCCUGCUUUUUUCGACACCACACGAACUAUACUGUCCAACUUGCCGCUUUAACGUAUGCUCUCGCACCUCCUUUGUAAACGGAAGGCUCACUUGGCUCUCGUGUGCCGUGAUAUCCCUAUUUGGGUAAGUUUACAUCUUUAAGCUAUUUGACAUCUUUUGAGUACACCACAAAGGUGUCAUUGAGACGCAUUUUAAUGACAUAUAUAUGCUUAUUGACCCAACUGUGAAAAACUCGUCGCCUCGGUGGGAUUCGAAUCCACACAGUACGGGGAAGGCUUUAUUCAAAAUCUGUCAAAACAUCUAUGAAUUACGUAAGCCUGGUAGUCAUCUGGUGGAUUCCAGCCGUUGCAGUAGGUUGGGCGGGUAACUUGACCCAAAUGUGAUUAAAAUUGCGUCGCCCGGCGAGGCUUCGUAGCUCAAGUGGUUAGAGCGUUGGCUGUACUAAAGCCUUACCCCUACUGCGUGGGUUCGAACCCCACCGAGACGCCGAGUUUUUCACACUUGGGUCAAUAUGAAUUAUUCGAAAUCUGCCAAAACAUCUUUGUAUAGAUAUAUGCUUACCAUAGUAGCAAAACGCACCCCCUAAUCUUCUCGUUGGUAUCCUUCUUUGAAAAAAUUUGUCCUGACCUUUUAUGCGGUGCUAUUUUAGCGGAAUACUUGGAUGUUGCGCCAUUCCAUUCUUCUGUAAUUCCUGCAAAGAUGUACAGCACAGUUGUCCACGCUGCCAGAAUAUGCUGGGUAUCUACAAUCGACUCGGAUCUCGCCAUAAAUGUUUACAGCGAUAA